CAGCGGCCCUUGCGGAUGUGGCUGAUGCACACUAAUCGAUUAUACGGAUCUAUUUUUAACUCGAGGCUUCCAUCAUGAAGAACGACUGCCUCGCUUGUUAAUGUCAUUGGUACGCGAUGAACACCGAUCGUGGGAAUGUCGACAAAAUGGCUCAGGAUGCCAUUCGUUGCAGCCUAUGUACCGAUGUCGUUGUUCAUCGCUGCAAAAGUUGUGCUGUUAAUCUCUGUAAACGUUGUGUGAGUAGACAUAUCGAAAAUAGCAAGGCUUCGAAGCAUGAAAUAUUGCCGUAUGCAUCACAAUCUGUCUCUUCAGAACCGGAAGAACAGAAAUGCAAGGAUCAUCCAAAACAAAUUUCUGAUCUAUACUGUCAGGAUUGUAACGUCCCUAUCUGUUCGCGGUGUCUGACGGGAAAUCAUAAACGACAUGGCGCAGUAGAUUUGGCGGAAAUUUACGAAACAACUCGGAGCACCAUAAAAGAAGAUUUACAAGAGUUGAGGCAUUUCAAGCACGAAUAUGAAAAGGUCGUGCAGCAAAUGGAAAGCAAACUCGCACAGUAUAAAACCGAGUGCGACAAAGAAAUAGAUUCCUUAAAAGAAUUAGGGAAAACAUGGCAUCAGGUCAUUGAUGUUACCAUUGAUACAAUAAAAAACAACGUCACUGACAUGGCCGAAGAAGACAUCAAAUGCUUGCAGGACAAUAUAGAGGAAAUUCAAAAAUCCUUACAAAAUGUAACAAAUUCUAUGCAGAAAAACGAAGAUCUCUUGAAAGAUAACAAGACCUUCGACCUCUUUGAAUAUGAGUCUAGGGUUGAUGAAUUACGACUUGUUCCGAACAGAAUAGAAGUAUCUCCACCGAAAGUAGUUCCGUCAGACGCCAAUCACGACGAUAUUAUUCAGCAGUUAAUGUCUCUCAAACCCUCUGUUAAAUCCACAAUACCUGGAUUUUCCAUCAGCAGAACAGGUGAGGUGUCUGCAGUAUCUGCACGAAUGUUGCUUGAAGAACCAGAAUGUUUGACUACUCUCAAAAUUGAUUGCACAAAGCUAAAAGGGAUUUUCUGCGAGUCACCAGACAAGGUAUGGGUUUAUGGGGAUGAUGAGAAGCUGAGCCAGUUCGACAAUAAUGGCACACUGCUGAAAUGCAUUGACGCUAUUUCAGGAAACAGUCAGAAAGAUAUCGCACUAAACAACGAAAACGAAAUAGCUUUCUCACACAAAACGGAUGAAUGUGUGAAUGUAGUCAGAAACGGUCGUAUCGAGAAGUUAGUAAAUGUUGCUGGCUGGAUUCCAUAUGGCCUUUGCUUUAAUUCAGAAGGCGAUUUAAUGGUCUGCAUGCGCCGAAGCAACUACAUUGAAAGUAAAGUUGGCAUAUUUUCCGAAGGUAGAUUGAAACAAGAAAUUCAGUUUGAUGACACUGGGAAGCCUCUAUUUUCAUCAAGUCGAAACAACAUGUAUAUCACUGAAAACGGAAACUGUGAUAUCUGCGUAUCUGACUGGAAUGCCUGCGCCGUCAUCGUGGUGAAGAAAUCUGGAGAAUUCCGUUUCCGUUACACGGGAAAUCUCUCCAGGAGCUACAAAGAGUUUUAUCCUCACGGGAUAGCCACGGACAACUGUUGUCGAAUUCUCGUUGUGGAUCGCGACAAUAAUUGCGUGCACGUGAUUGACCGGAACGGAAAGUUCUUGCGCUACAUCAACCGUACCCUGCAGGAUCCAUUCGUUAUAAGCGUUGACAGUAAUGAAAACCUUUGGGUUGGAGAAUGUGACACAGAAUGCAUUAAAGUAAUCAAGUAUCUGGACUGAUGUUUACGUGUGUAACAACGGCAAAUUAUACAACUCUGCUUAAUUAUGAUGCAAAUAUCAUUAAACGUUUUUGUUGCCAACCCUAAUGAUAUAAAUAUCAUCAUAUGUUCCUCUUGCAACGCUUUUAAAAGAAUAUGAAUUUUCAAGGCGCAUGUCUAAUUAUAUAUUUGAUGCGACUCCGUUUAAUGUUAUAAGUAAUUGUUGACCGUAGCAGUCUCAACCGUUUUUGCUAGGAAUAUAUCAUUAACACUGUUGCAGGUGUGCAUGAGGUACUGUUUCAUUUUGAUAUCAUAUGAUGUGAAGUGCACUAUGGUCCUUUGCUAUAUGGGUUGGAGAAUGUGACUCAGAACAGACCUGGGGUAAUGGUAUGCAUCAAAAUAACCACGUACUAGUAUUUGAAUUGAUGUAUACGUAUGUAACAAUCGUAGAUGAUACAACUCUUGCUUGAUGAACGUUUGAUGUUACCAAUAUUUGAUUAAACGGUUCGGCUUUGUGAUAUGUAGUAAGAUUGUAACAUUGGAUAAUGAUAAUUGAAAUAAAAGAAAGCUUUAUUCAG